GUUGGAGAGGUAUGGUCUCGUUCUUAGUUGACUGAUCAAUUCGAGUGACUGACAAAACCUGUGUACGACACUCCAGAGAUUCGAGAAACAUGGCAGCAGAGACCAAGCGCACCGUGUACCAGGGCAGCGAACUCCAAAGUUUUCGCUUCUAUCUUCAACACACGGGCGAACACGCAGCCGUCCUCCACAUUCUCCAGAAGCACUUGCCAGUGGAGUUCCAAAGAAUUGCAGCAGAUAAAAGCAGUCUGGGCGUUCUCGGUGUGGGAAGUGGUGGAGGCGAGCUUGAUGUCGAGAUGCUGUCGCUCCUGCUGUCCACUUUCCCCACUCUUCCCAUCACUGCCGACAUUGUUGAGGGAAGCACUGAAUUAGUUGCCAACUUCAAAGCAUUGGUAGCAAAGACUGAUAACCUUCAGAAGAUACCAUUUACUUGGCAUGUCAUGCUAAGUAAGGAGUACAGAAUGCAAGUCAAAGAUGUGAAGAAAUAUGAUUUCAUUCACAUGAUUCAGAUGAUUUACUUCGUUGACGACCCGACAGAAACCAUCAAAUUUUACCACAGCCUUCUGAAUAAGAACGGCAUGCUUAUGAUCAUUGUGGAAAAAGCCACCGAGGGUUGGGACAUUCUCUGGAGGACUUUCUCAAAGGAGCUGUGCUCUGAGGCCCUCCCCGUGUAUCGGUCAUCCAAAGAGGUCAUCGCCUCCGUGAAGACUCUGGGUCUGAAAUACGAGGAGCAUUCCAUUCCCAACACCUUCGAAAUCACCGAGUGCUUCGAUCCAAACAGCGAGACCGGACAGCGUCUGCUUCGUUUCAUGACAGGCAGCGAUUUCACGUCGUUCACGCCACAAAUAAGAGCCGACAUACUGAACCUUCUCAGGAGCAAGUGUAGCACUGAAAAGGAGGGCAAGAUACAUUUCAACAGUUGUUUGAGCUGCGUAUUUGUUCAUGCUUGAGCCCGUCUCCGGGAGAGAUAAGCAUCAUUAAUCAACUCACUCGAUGAUUAAACUGACCUGUUGUUCAGAACCCCAAUUCUAAUCAAUUUAAAUUGUUCAAUUCAAUCUGUUGAGCUAAACGCAACCAUAUUUUACACAAAAUUAGUACUACCGGAAAAGUUGUAAUUUUUGUGUGUGUAAUCGAAUUGCUCUGUGUCACAAAGCCAGUGAUUUUGGUGUAAAAUCAGCCAAUGUUCUUCAGGACAAUUGUGGUUUAGGUGCUCAUAUAAAGUGGGAACUUUUGCAGUGGGACUCAACCUAAAAUACUCAUUAUCAAAAGUAACUUGUACAAUUAUACAGUGGCUGUAAAGUCUACACACCCCUGUUCAAAUGCCAGGUUUUUGUGAUGUAAACAAAUUAAACCAAGACAUUUUUAAACUUUCCAUGAUUCAUUUGAUCUCUAAGCUAUACAACACAAUUAAUAAAAAAGAUAUAUAUAUUAUCAAGAGGGGAAGUAAAAAUAAACUGAUGUGGUAGCACAAGUGUGCUCACCCUCUAAUAAUUGGGAUGUGGCUGCAUUCAGAAUUGACAAAAUCACAUUCAAACUUAACGUUAAAUGGGAGU